AUGACAGGAGUUGUAUGUGACCAUUAUAACUCAUCUUUGAUCACACCGCAACAAUCAUUUCCAAAUAACUUUGAAACGAAUGGGAAUCAAGGCUGUAUGAACUGUUAUUCUUAUGUUCCAUGUCAACAAGGAGGGUAUGUCGUUGGAAACAACUACCACUUUUCAGAAGGUUACUCCAUAGAUCCUUGUUGUAACAUAAACAACAAUCAUUUUAUGGGUGAUUCUUAUUACUACAACAACAACGACUUAAACUAUGCUCGGAACAUCAAUUUUGCAAACGACUACAACUUUUCUGAUGGAUACAACUUUAACCAAUGCCCAAAUAUCAACCAUGAAAACAAUUCUGACCUAAAAGAUUGUGAAAACAAUGUUUACACUGAAGGGAACACUCAAAAUGUGGGAAAGGAGUACUUUGAAGUUAAUGGAACAGAAGUAUUACCAGAGGGUAUUAGCGAUGAGCGAAAAUUUGUAAACUUAACACCUAGUUUUUUUUCUUCAAAUGCGGCAUUCAAAAGAAUACCACUACAGUCUGGAAGGUCGAUAUUUAGGAGAAGAAAACCAGGAGAUUGUGCUAGUGAAUGGAGCAACGCAUUUGACAAGGAUUGUGAUAGUGUAGAAGUUUGUGGAGAAGAGCAAGUAAAUGAUUAGUUAAAUAAAUAUUUUAGUUGAUUUAAACACCCCCAUCCUCUACCAACAUCCUUUUCAUAUUUUCUUAAAAUUACUUGGAAAUCGAUUUAAUUAUGAUCAUUUCAAUUUAUUAAAUUAAUUUUUAUCUAAAUCUUUAUUUUUACCUAAAUGUGUAAAUUCACUUAUUACAUAUUAUACAUCGGACUGUUCUGUACACAUUU